ACACAUCACCAAAAGAAAAUAAAGCAAAAGAUAAAUACUUCACUUUACUCAUUCCACAAUUUCCCUUAUGGUUCAAUUUCCAUUUCUUUCUUCAUCACAAACCCAUCUCCCAAAACAAUGCCACUCCCUCAUUGCUACUCUGUUUUAGUCCUCACUCUGUUUCUCUUCACAACCCCAUCUCACUCCACCAAAUGCCGAACUUCCUGCGGCCCAAUCCAAAUCAACUACCCAUUUGGUAUCGACGACGGCUGUGGCAGCCCCUACUACCGCCACAUCCUCGACUGUACCGACUCUGGCAAGCUUGAAUUGAGAACUCCAUCAGGGAGAUACCCAAUUGAAAGCAUAAGCUACACAGAACGCCACAUCAAAAUCACUGACCCUUACAUGUGGAACUGCGACGACGGCGAUAACUUCCGCCCCACGAGACCAUUCAGCCUCGACACAAGCACCCAUCUCUCGCUUUCCUCCCAAAACGACUACUUAUUCUUCAACUGCAGUGAGGACAAUGUAAUUGUGGCUCCUAAGCCAAUGUUCUGCGAGCGGUUUCCAGAGCGGUGUGAUUCGUCCUGCGACAGUGCGAGCUAUCUAUGCAGACACUUGCCGGAAUGCAGCGGGGGUUUGGGGGCGGCGUCUUGCUGUUCGUAUUAUCCAAAGGCGACAGAAUCGUUGAGGCUGAUGCUGAAGUACUGUUCGAGCUAUACAAGUGUGUAUUGGAAGAGCAUUGGGGCACCGGAUCAGCCGUAUGAUCAGGUUCCGGAAUAUGGGAUAAGGGUUGAUUUUGAUAUCCCAGUGUCGACGAGGUGUUUGCAUUGUCAAGAUAUGGUGAGAGGAGGAGGAACUUGUGGAUUUGAUACGCAAAGUCAGGGUUUCUUGUGCCUUUGUGGUGAACGGAAUGUUACUACUUUUUGUGGAGAUCAUGACACAUCCCAACAAAAGAAGAAAUAUGUUGUAAUUUCAGGGACGGCAGCGGCAGUGUCGGCUGCCGGGGUGUUCGUAGUUGCGGCGGGUGUAAUAUGGUUUGUAAGAAGAGUAAGAGCCAAAGCUCCGGUAACCUGCGGGGUUCAAAGCAAUGACAAUAGGCUUUUUUGAUAUAAUUUCUUUCUCUGUU